GCUUGGACAACCUGGCAGCAUCCAAGCCCUCGCGCCUCUUUCUGGUGGCAUGAACAGUCGGACCGGAACAAUCGAAUGGAUUGGAUGUGCUGACUAUCCCGACGGUUUGAUGGCCAACGGUGAGCAUCGCGACGAAGAGCGAGUCAUCAUACUGCGAGUAAUCGUAUUACGAGGGGGUCUGGAAGUGCAUUCGUACUGUCCUCUGCGAUAUGAGUGUGAGAUCAGUAAGACCUUUCCUCCAAGCAACUA